AUGGAAGGCAAGAAAGUUCGAGAUACUAACUCUUUCACAAGGAAACGAGGCUAUGCCCUGAAGAUCAUCAGUGACUUUGAUGACACCAUAGUUUGCAGUGGAGCCACCCCCAAGUUUGCUGGUUGCGACAACAGGCUGCCUCGGAAGGCUAUUUAUCCGGGGGUGCUCACACUUUGGAAGGAGCUUGACCACUGCUUCACCAAAAGUCUGCGGACGUCCAUGAUUCCGGUCAUGAAUGUCAGCAGCGAAAAGGAGGCGCGUGCAUCUGCCACCAUCUUGUCUGUUCCAGCUGAGGCGGACGGAGCACGAAUUCCAGCGUGCCAGCAGGCGGGCUCUAACAUUAUCUUGCUUUCAGCCCGCCCUCGGUCUUACAAGGGCUGGUCAGAGGCGGCCUUCUAUUCCGCCGUGAUAAAGCCACUGGUGAAGAGUGGCCGCCUCUAUUGUCUGCCGGUGCUGUUGAUGGGUUCCGUUGGGAGCAUACUUCAAGCAAUCGUCAUGUACUUCACGAGGCAGACCUUGAUUCCAGGUUUCAAUGGCAUUAAGCAUAUCGUGUACCAAAUGCUGGGCGAGAGAAAGGUCCAGAACUUCAAGGCGUUUUCUGACUGCUACCCGGAGUCCUCCUUUCUUUUCUUUGGGGAUAAUGGUCAAGGGGAUGUCUACUUUGCCGAAGCGGUCAACAGCCUCCAGGAACUCGAAUCAGAUGAGGCCGAAGAGCACGGCAGGUUGUUCGCAUCCUUCAUCCACAUCGUCCGUCCAUUGGCGCAAACAGUAAGCGCAUCUUGCACCCAGUGUGGCGCGUGCGAGAGGGAGCACCUCCUAGGCUCGAUGCUCGACGCUGACUGCCACAUGCACGAAACCCACGUGGCAAUGGCGACAAAGUGCCUCUCCCUCCAACUGAUCGACGAAGGCUCCCUCGUCCGGGUGAUCAGAGAUGCGAUCAACGAGUUUCGCUUCAUCAUGGCCAAGUACCCAGACCAAAGGGACAGGUGGUCAAGGUACGCGCGCGCCAUGAAGCGCGACGUAUUGGAAGGUCUAAAGGCCGUAUCCGAGGACAUGAGACUGGGGACUGACGAGCUGAAGUACCUGGACGUCGAAUAG